GGUGAUUGUCGACAAAAGCUCAGACUUACGAGUGACGAGACCGUGUCCAGGAGAAAGUGUUUAGGGGAGAAAGAGACAAGCCUCUAUAUAAAGACGAUUCUUGUGUUGAAGAGUUUAGUGUUAAAGUGAUACAACAAGAGGAUUAAAAUGUGGUUCAUCCUCUUAACGGGCUUGCUGGCUCAAGGACUUGCUACUCAAGUGUCUUUCCAAUCAUCAUCAUCAGCAGCAUCGUCUUCCGAACAGAAGACUGAAUGGUCUUGGCAAGAGCCAACAGCAGCUGGAAAUUCACCUCAAGACUCUUUUCGUCCUUUGAGUUUUUCAUCCGGAGACACUCAGCCAGAUCUAUUGAGUGACAAUACUCAGGAUGGCUCAAGUGAAUCUGCUUAUUCUUCGGAAAACGCAGUAGUUGAAAAUAUUUUGCAAUCCAGUCGUCAAGGUCGCAAUAUCGCAGGAUACGAUGAUUUAUACUCAGACCCCGAUGUAAAAACAGUUCUUCAAGCAGGCAACGACACGAUAGCUCGUGCUUUUAUCAAAGACAAACUUUGUUCCUUGGGUUUGAUGAAUUGUGAUGACAGUGAAGGAAGACGUCCAUUCUACUCACCUCACCGUGAUAUUCACCCUCAAGAAGUCAUAUACGCUCAGCCAGUUACCAUAAAACCAGUCGGUCGUCCAUUACCAGCAAUACCUGUGAAGAAACCUUUCGUAUACGGGCCUCCAAAGCCCGUACCUAUUCCAAGCUUUGGCUCUGGAUUACCUGUCUACGGCCCACCAAGUUCCGGACACUACUCUGGACCUCGACCUCCAUUUUCUGGACCACCUCCUAGCUUUUCAGGACCCUACCCUGGUUACAAAAAACCCAGCAUAAGCUCUGGCCCAAGACCAAUCUACGAAGACACUGGUUUGGAUGGUGAAUAUGACUUUGUGCCGGAAAACAAUAAUGAAUUUAUUGAGAAGAAACAAGUGAUUGUUCAGCCAAGUUCUGGUCUUCAGCAACACGUUCACCACCACUACCAUCACACCGAUGGAAACAAACCAUCUUCAAUAGUUGGACCAAGUGCUAUUGCUGGCAAUGGUUUGACUGGUAAUGGUUACGGUUAUGGAUCAGGUUCAUACGGUAACUCUUACAAUGACUUUGAUGAAUACAAAAAAGCAUUUAAAAUAAAGUCUCCUUCAAGCGGGAAUAGCUUGGACCCCGUUGCCGCCUCAGGCAACAGUUAUGCUAAUCGGUACCCAGUUUAUGAAAAACCUAAACGUGAUUCUUUCUUUAAUGGUAAAGAAGGAGGUAAAGUAGUAAACUCUGGAUUCACUGGCAGCCAAUUUGGAGCCAGUAAUUUUGGAAGCAACAAUUUUGGUACCAAUAGCUUCGGAGCAGGAAACAAUGGAUUCAAAAAUAAUUUAGGAGCGUCUAAUGGGCUUAAUAACAACUUUGGUACCAACAACUUUGGAGCAGGAAACAAUGGAUUCAACAAUAAUUUAGGAGGGUCUAAUGGGUUUAAUAAUAACUUUGGGUCUAACAGUUUUAACAAUGGAUUCGGAUCAAAUAAUUAUGAUGACUGUGUUUGUGUUCCUUAUGAUCAGUGCGCAGCUAUUGAUCAAGCAGGGCGCAAAGAUGACUUGUUCCUUGCUAUCGAUCCAAGGAAUAUUGGGAAGAAUAUCGAUGCAGAAACUGAAGAUAUUGUUGUUACCGAUGCUAAUGGUACCAUGUCAGUUAUUCGAGUACCAAAGGAAGUUAAUGCUACGGAGCAAGUUCAACACACAAAAGAACAGAAAAAUUCAAGUGACAAGAAAGUAGAUGACGCGGAUAAGAAUAAAUCUGGUGAAGAAAUAAAAAGAAGCAAACGUGAAGCUAAAGCGCAACCUAAAAAUGAUGAUACUCAAGGCCGAUUACUUGGUAAUAUUGACAAAUCAAAAUUGAAUCUGCGGCCGACAUGGGGUGUGAGUUUUGGUUUACCACAAGGAGGAAAUUAUCCCGUCAAUUCAUAUGGCGGCAAUCCACUAUCCAAUCCUUAUCCUGGCUAUGGUGGUGGUAGUAACGGCCUAGACCUAGGAUUGCUGUCUGUCAAUCCACUGGUGUCAGUGCAAGUAUCCAAGGAUGAAUACGGCGAAAAAGUUGUCAAACCGUUUGUUAACUUGCACGUAACGCCAAAUCAUGGAUUGGUUAACAAACUUGGCAACAUACUGGCGUCCAAAAAAGAAGCGCUGUUUGGAGGUCAUGGAGGAUACUAUCCAGGAGGACAAUAUCCUGGCGGUCAUUAUUCCGGUGGCUAUGCACCGCAAUAUUAUCCAAGUGGUCCAUCGUAUUAUCAUAAACCAACUUUCUUCGAGAAGCCACAUUACCAAGAAAGACCACAAAAUCAUUACCAUAACCAUUAUCAUAAUCAUCAAAAUCAAGAACCUUCUUGGUCAGGCAACCAUCAAGGGUAUGAUCAUGGACAUGGAUAUAGACCAGGGCAUGGAUACGGAGGCAGCUACGCAGAGAAUCCCGGACAUUAUGCAGGAAAUUAUGGAGGCUAUCAAGGAUAUGCUAGAGAUAAUGAAGAUUAUGAUUUUGCUGACUAUAAUGCUAACGGUUAUUAUAGAAAUGCUAAAAGUAAUAUUAGCGCUGAUGAGUUUGGACAAUCACAAAAUAACAAUCAUGCUCGUAGUGAAGGAAAUGUAGCCUUUCGAGACCGAAAGAAGCGAGAUCUGGAUAAUCGGGUUGAGAUUAAAGAGCGUCAAUUUGGAAGACCACCAGUUUGUGGACCAAGACACGUUUGUUGCCGAAAGAAUCAAAUUCGUCCCGGAAAUAAUCGACCCCAGUAUGGUCAAUGUGGAGUCAGAAAUGGUCAAGGAAUCAAUGGACGUAUAAAGACUCCAGUUUACGUUGACGGAGACUCGGAAUUUGGAGAAUAUCCUUGGCAAGUAGCCAUCUUAAAGAAAGAUCCUUCUGAGAGUGUUUAUGUAUGCGGUGGAACUUUAAUAUCACCAAGACAUAUUUUAACUGCUGCUCAUUGUGUUAAAACUCACCUGGGACAUGAUCUUCGCGCUCGCUUAGGUGAAUGGGACGUUAAUCAUGAUGUUGAAUUUUAUCCGUACAUUGAACGUGAUAUUGUCAGUAUUAAUGUUCAUCCUGAAUUCUAUGCUGGUACUUUGUACAACGAUAUUGCUAUUUUGAAACUCGACCACGAUGUUGACUUUGAGAAAAAUCCUCAUAUCAGUCCAGCUUGUUUACCAAACCCUCAUGAUGAUUUUACUGGCACAAGAUGCUGGACAACAGGUUGGGGCAAAGAUGCUUUUGGUGAUUUUGGUAAAUACCAAAAUAUUCUGAAAGAAGUCGAUGUGCCCAUUGUAAGCAAUGCAGUUUGCGAAAAUCAAAUGAAAAGAACUAGACUAGGACCGAGUUUCAACCUUCAUUCCGGCUUUAUCUGCGCUGGAGGAGAAGAAGGUAAAGAUGCCUGCAAAGGUGAUGGAGGUGGCCCGAUGGUCUGUGAGCGACAAGGGAUUUGGCAUCUUGCUGGUGUUGUUUCUUGGGGAAUCGGUUGUGGACAACCCGGAGUUCCUGGUGUUUAUACGCGAGUCUCGCACUACUUAGACUGGAUUCGUCAAAACUCUUACUAAGAUACUUAUUUUAUUUGAUUUUACUUUGCUUAAUUUAAGUUUUUUAUUUAGUAAGUCAGUUAAUAUUAUUUAUUUAAAAACU